AUGGAUGACAGCCGGCUACGCUGUAUGAGCAAGACGAUUGAAAAUGAAAGAUUCAACGAUGAAGAUAACCCAACAGAUUCUUCGUACGAGCAGAUACAUGUUGAAGAAUCAGUUGCAAAAAUAUUUGGACACUUUAAGAAUAGACUUGAGUUGGAUAAUAGCUUAGAAGAACAACCUGUGCUGAAUAGGCAGUCUCAUAUACCAUUUCUGUUGAAGGGGUUAAAAGCUCUGUCACUAUCCUAUGAGUGUCUAGAUGCAAGUCGACCAUGGCUAUGUUACUGGAUUCUUCAUAGCCUUGAGUUAUUGGAAGAACCUCUACCUGAUGACACUGUGUCACAUGUUGCACAAUUUUUGGGGAAGUGUCAAUGCCAAAGUGGAGGAUUUUCAGGGGGACCAGGACAGGAAGCACAUUUGGCUCCAACAUACGCAGCUGUUAAUGCAUUGUGUAUCUUAGGUACAGAGGAGGCCUACACAAUCAUAGAUAGGCAAAAGCUUUAUACAUUUCUUCUAAAGAUGAGGACACCAGAAGGAGCUUAUAAAAUGCAUGAAGGAGGAGAGGUUGAUAUUAGAGGAGCUUACUGUGCAGCUAGUGCAGCACGCCUGACUAAUAUUGUAACUCCAGAAUUAUUUGAUGGUACCCCAGAGUGGAUAGUAAGUUGCCAGACUUACGAGGGUGGAUUUGGUGGUUGUCCUGGUAUGGAGGCUCACGGAGGAUAUUCGUUCUGUGGACUGGCCGCUCUAUCGCUCAUGGGACGGACAAGUCUGUGUGAUCUCCGUGCUUGUCUGAGAUGGACAGCCAACAGACAGAUGCGUUAUGAAGGUGGAUUCCAGGGACGUACCAACAAAUUGGUGGAUGGUUGCUAUUCUUUCUGGCAGGCUGGUACAUUCCCUCUGUUCCACAUGGUGUGCUCAAUGCAUGAUGACCACUGCUUGAGUACUGAGCGCUGGAUGUUUGACCAUGAAGCAUUACAGGAAUAUAUCUUAGUGUGCUGUCAACAUCAGGGAGGAGGUCUUAUUGACAAACCUGGCAAGUCCCGAGACUACUACCACACCUGCUAUUGUCUCAGUGGAUUAGCGGUGUCACAACAUUUUGCUGGUGGAAAGCUUGCUCACCUCCACAUAGUAGGAUCACAAGACAAUGAAUUGAAACCAACACAUCCAGUAUUUAAUAUAGGUGUGGAUGCAGUGGCUCAUGCUAACAUGUACUUUAACAAGUUGCCCCUACCUCAGGCACCAGAUGUAUGACCAAAAGAUGUCACCCUGCAUUAUCAGUGUCUGUCCCUGGCCAGGUUACUUGCAAAAUUGUAUACAUAGAAAUCAACAGAGAGAAGGCGAAAAAAUGUGAAAGAAAGUAAACUAUCCCAGACAACAACAGUCAGCCAGACUUCUGUUUUUGAAUUGUAUGGUAGUGGACAAACUUUCAGUGGAUGGCUGAGGAAUCAUCCUUAGCUUGAUUAUGUUGAAAGGAAACAGAUUCCCAGGAUCUUCAGCGCCUCCUAUGCUUGACCUAGUUGAGAUGAAAAUGUGGAAAUAAUCAACAAUGUUAUCUACCCCAGAACAACAGGAUUGAGAUACCAAGUCCCUUAAUACCUAUAGUUAAAAAUCCAUGGAAUUACACCCAGCAGUGUAUAAUUUAUUGUACUGUAAAAUGUUUGCACUUCAGGAAGUCAAGUUUGUUUUCACAUCUGCAUUGUGUAUUUAUUCUUUGUAAAGAUUCUUGGUAUAUGUUGUACCUUAACAAACUGACUUGAAGUGAUGAAGUGAGAUUUUUCUGUAAUGUGACUUGUUAAAGACAUAAGAUGUUUUAUUAUUUAAAGAAAAAUUUACAGAGAGUAUACAUAUUGAAAAUUUCACUAUCAUUACUAUCAAUAAAUUGGUAUAAUACCAAUAUAGAUUGUAUACAAUCAGUAAUUUGCAUAUCAUAUUAUGUUCAUUUUGUUAGAUGAAGAUUGGUAAAUUUAAUUGGUCACAUGGUUGUUAUUAUGUAAUUACACACUUUAUGAUGUACUUACAACCAAAAGGGAUGUAUAUCAAAGAUGAAUACAUGAAUAUGAUACAUGAUGGUAUUUACAAAGUCACACAAUACAGUACUUUAUUACUGUAUGUCACAAUUAUUGAGUCCAAUCAAAAUGGUAUAAUCAGAGAGAAUAUUGCCCUCGAAAUGGAAACAGGUUUAUACAGAAAACAUUGGAUGUUAAAGACAAAACUCAAUAGACAUAUAUUUUUGUCAUUGUAAUGUUCAAGUUAGUAGUUAUUGAAAUUUUGUGAAUAGUGAUCUGUUGUUUAUAAGUGUAUUGUUUAUUAGACUGGUUAUACACCGACAUGUGUCUCAAUAUCAUAACAAAUUUUGUGUGAAACUUGUGAUUAAAAACAGUGUUGUUGAUGUAGACUGUGUCCAUUUAGAUUGUGUAUACAAAUAACUUCAUAUAUAUCUAUAUACAUUCGAGACAAAAGCGUAGACUUUUGAAGUAAGUAUAUACCCGGUAUUGAAAUGAUGUUGUGAUAUACUGUUUAAGAGAUGUGUAAAUGUGAAUGAAUGGGUUACUGUAGGUAUUUCUGGUAAAUACAUUUUUUUUGUUAUUUUGUAUUUGUGUGUGUGGGUUAGAUGAUUUCGGUGUUCCUGUAGAUCAAUUACUACGUAUGUAGUAUUCCAAAAUAUCAUGUUUAAAUUAAGAAACUGAGACAAGCCUUGCAAAAAGUCUUAUUUUUAAGUAAUUCUCCCUCCAACUAUACCAACUCUUACAUUCAUUGACUUAUUUUCUAUACAUUCUGCAGCUAUUCAUAAAAACAACAAAAAAUCAUCAAUAAGGGAAGUGAAUGGUACAUUCAGCAGGGUAGUUAGAGGGGCAGAGGUAUACUGAAAUAGUUGAUGGGUUUACAUAUAUCUUCUGUUUACAACUUGUGUAUGAAAGUCACAUCUAAUCCUGAUUUAGAACUUGUAUACUUAUCGCUUGUGUAAUUUUUUCAAUCUAGCUACGCUUGUAGUAGUCAUGCCAAGGUCACAAAAAACCCUGGCAAAAUGAUUUUGUUUGUCUUAUCUGAGCUCGCCACGUUAGAAAGGGCAUCUAUUGAUAUGCAAACUGUUAUCCAGACAGCUGUUAUAGUUUAUUUUGGUGGUAUUGCAAAGAUAUGUUCACCACAAUCCGAGAUUGUAAAUUUACAUUUAUUUACCUUUUCUCUUAGUUGAUUCAGUUAAGAGAUUUGCUCAGCCAUGAAGUGCUUAGCUGUGUAUUCUUCAUUUUUAAUUACAGACAUACCGUAUAUACAUGCCCUAAACAAUCUCAUGAAGCUUUUAGAUAGAAUUAUAUUGAUGCUACAUUUUGUCAUCAAGAAUAUCUGAUAUAUUACUGUAUUAAUGAAAGUGGAGAUGUGCUUCAUGUAAAAUAAAUAUUGUUUUACAGUGUUCUACAUGAAGAGUAUGCAUUUGUGUACAAGUUAUUUGUCUUAUGUUUCAUUGUUAAACUGUAUGUAUUAUAAAUGUAAAACCAAGUGUCAAAAUCAUUUUCGUAUAAAACUAAUUGAUUAUUUUGUUUUUUAUUGUAUGUAAGUCACUCACAGUACAAUCACUACAUUUUUGCUAGUGCAAGAUGAGUUCACAUUUUAUAGGGACCAAAUAAGUUGGACCAAAUUUCUGCUAAAAUUACCUUGGGUCUUGUACUGUCUGUGCUUCAAAAUUACAUCUAAGAAUAAUUAGUUCGAAAGUUACCUGACAGAACUUGUUCAAUGAAUUUUUACCAGUAAAUUCUGGUAACUUAAAUUGUUUUGUUAAAGACAUGUGAUUGUUUCCCCUCUCAAACAUAUUCAAUUUCAUAUAUUAAUAUGAUCUUAUUAUAUGAGGGGAUGGUAUUAAAUAGUGGACACUGAACCGUACUUGCAAGAGGAAUAAAGAUAUGGAUGAAUGAAUGUCUGUCUAUAAUUGAUGUGUAAUGACCUUCACCUUCUGAUUAAAUGUUGAAGUACAUAUUGUUUAGCCUACAAUAUUUCAUAACUUCAUAUUUAAGUUGCAAUUGAUGCAAUUAUGCAUGUAGACAUUGACAUCCAGUGUCUCAGCAGACUGUCAGACCUUGUUACCAACCGAAAAGUCAUUAAAUUAGAGUGACAUGUAGCUGCACUACCCCACAUAGGAAACUUUGAUGAUCAGAUACGUCAGUUCCUACAUCACCAACAAAGGUAUUGUAUGAUAAUCUGAUGUAACUGAUUAUCUUAUCAUUUAAUCUCAUCUGAUGCGAUGAUUGAUUGUAAUUUUUAAUAAGGAUAUCAGUACUUUGAUAUUGUAUUAAUUUAUGAUUUGAUGACUGUAAGACAUCUAGUACACUCCAUGAUUAAAGAUCUGAAGUUUUGUCAUGGCAUGUGGUCUGGUAUCUGUAAAAAAUAUCUACAUCCUAAAUGGAUGAUAAAACAGAGACAAGACAUGGAUUAGUAAAAAGGGCCAUUUUGACAUUCAAUAGCUGUUUGAUCUAAAAGAUGGUCCAAAUUAAAAGAAGUCUCUUGCAUUAUUCAAGAUGGCUGUUGCCUGCCAUCUUGAAGACACUUUUAGAGGCAGGACUCGCACCAAUGAAUUGUUUAUAGUCCACAUAUGCCUCAUUCAUGAUGAACGCCAUGGCUGUUACCUUGUUAUGGCUACUUCACCUAAGUGGAAAAUUGUACAAGGACAAGUUUCUGGUAAAUGGUUGUAAAUGAAAUUUGGACCUGUGCCACAUUCGAGACACUGACCUAGACAGCCAUCUUGAAAAUCAUGCUCUCUUCUGGAAAAAAAUGCAUAUUGCCAUAGGACUUCCAAUGAUGGUCCAAAAUUAGCCUGACUGAUCAGAACCUGUGUCACAUUUAGAUGUCCCUGAUAGCUUGAAAGCUUUAUUAUUAGGCAAUAUAUAUACUCUCCUUAACAUAAAGUGGUGUGAAGACAGGAUUUGAAGCAUAAAGCUUUGUGGGAAAAAACCCAUUACAGUUGUAAAGCAGUAGAACAUAUGUGACACAGUACAGCAACAGUUUCAGGAUAUUGUGUUUCUUAUCUCUCCCUGAUCAAUUUCCUUCUCUGUUCUAUAAUAUAUUCAAUUUGUGGUAAAUAUAGCUCUUAUUUGAGUUUGAAGUCUUGAAUAGGCAGUGUUCACUCAAUGACAAAUAAACUAGACUAUCUUCUAUUUUGUUGUAAUUUUUUUUCUUUGCAUUGAUCAGAAUACAGUUCGAACAUUUUUCCUCUCGACACAUUUACAUUGGUCUAGUGAUGUUAUGACAGCCGUAGUCCAUGAUAUUCAAUUUGCUUGACACCAUCAAUAUGCAUGCUCUAAGUUCAAUUACACUGGGAAAGGAAACA